AUAUAGAGCUCCGCCGUGGGCGGAGAAAGAGAAGGAUAGCAUUUUCUCAAGAUAACUACUGCUUCCUGUAAGCAACAGGAUAGAGAGCUAAGAGCUUUGUGCAUCUGCGUGAAAAGAGAGAGGAAGAAAUAUGAUGAGAAAUCACGGUCGGUUGGUGCUAGUCCCAUGUCCGUACCAAGGCCACAUUAGUCCAAUGCUUCAGCUUGGAACUUGUCUUCAAUCAUUGGGUUUCUCUGUCACAGUUGUUCAGACCAAUUACAAUUCUCCUAAGCAUUUAAAUCAUCCCAAUUUGACCUUUCUUUCAAUACCUGAUGGCUUAUCUGAUGAUGAGAUUUCUUCUGGGUAUCAUACAUCACUUGUUUUGGCUAUCAAUGUUAACUGUUUAGCUCCUCUGGAGGAAUGCUUGGUUCGGAUGAUGAAAAAUCAGCAACCCCAUGAAGAGCUUGUCGGCGUCAUCUAUGAUGAACUCAUGUACUUCGCUGAAGUGGUAGCUAAUCGUCUAGAACUUCCAAGCAUCAUCUUCCGCACCAACAACGCAGCCACGUUUCGUUCCCGCGAUUUCCUUCUACAACUCAUGAUUGGUGGUCACCUUCCAUUCUCAGAUUCUGCAUCCCAGGAACUGGUGCCAGGUCACUAUCCCCUCAAGUUCAAGGAUCUGCCAAUUUCAAAUUUCGGAAUAUCAGAAAAUAUCUUGCAAGCUCUAACUAAUAUGCGCAACAUAAGAACAAGUUCAGCUGUCAUCUGGAAUACAACAGAUAGCCUUGAGGAAUCACCAUUAGCACAGAUAAAACAAGAAUGCCCUGUUCCAAUCUUCUCAGUAGGCCCUAUACACAAAUUUGACACAGCAGCUUCCUCCAGUAGCCUACUAGAAGAGGACACCAGCUGUAUCACAUGGCUUGAUAAGCAAGCUCGUAAGUCUGUAAUUUAUAUAAGCUUGGGGAGCUUGGCUUCCAUGAAUGUCUCGGACUUUUCUGAAAUGGCUUGGGGCCUUGCCAACAGCAGACAGCUCUUCUUAUGGGUCGUCAGGCCAGGAUCAGUAAUUGGGUCAGAGUGGGUAGAGUCAUUAACCAAUGAUUAUAAAGAAGCCGUCCAGAGCAGAGGGUGCAUAGUUCAAUGGGCACCCCAAAAGCAGGUGUUGAGGCAUGAAGCAGUUGGCUUGUUCUGGACUCACUGUGGUUGGAAUUCAACCCUGGAAAGUAUCUGUGAAGGUGUUCCAAUGAUAUGCAGUCCCUUUUUUGGAGACCAGAAAGUAACUGCCAGAUAUGUGAGUGAGGUGUGGAGGGUAGGUACCCACAUGGAAAACAAGUGGGAGAGGGGUGAGAUAGAGAAGAUCAUAAGAAUGUUAAUGGCGGAUGAUGAAGGGGAGGAGACAAGGCAGAGAGCAAUUGAUUUGAAGAAUAAAGUUGAAGCUUGCGCAAGGGAAGGUGGUUCUUCCUACAAUUCGGUGAAGAAAUUAGUAGACUUUAUAAUGUCACUUAAGUUGCGUGAUUGAUUUGGAUUUGAAUUUCCUCCGUUCACUAGACUGGCUUUGCUAGUAGUUAUGUUAGUUCCAAGUUCUUCCUGAUUUAAUGAGACUACAAAUAGCAAUUAGGAAUUUAGCUCAAUUAAAUUGACGUAAUUGGUUUAGAUUUAUUGUGUAUAUUCAAUUGAUAUGAGUUUUAGUUUUAGC